AAGCAGGCGAGGCGGGCACGUGGAUUUUCUCGAUUCCGGCACCUCACUUCAUCAACAUCCAUCCAUCACUUCUCUUUCCUUCCCUUUAGACGGAUUCUGACGAGAUAAGAAGUGGUGGCGAACCAUUCCCUCUCGCCAAAUGACUUCUUAAUCCUCUCCUUUCUCGCACACCUCCCAGAAUGCCGCACUCCACUCCCAACCACUGCCCGAGCCGAGUCCAGAUUUCCUCGAACAUUUCGACUCAGCGAUAGCAGGACCAUCCAUCGAACCAAAUCUGAAGGUCUGAUCAGACCUUUGGAUCUUCCACAAUGAAGUAUGGAAAGUUCAUCCAGAAGACGCAGCUCGACAUUCCCGAGUAUGCGGCGAGCUUUGUGGAUUACAAGGCGCUGAAGAAGCUCAUCAAGAAGCUGAGCGGCACGCCUACCAUCCUUGCGCAAAAUACAGAGCGUGGCGAGCCCACUGCGGAUCCUCAAACCACUCUACAAGCCAACAAGGCUACCUUUUUCUUCCGAUUAGAGCGCGAAUUGGAGAAAGUGAAUACCUUCUAUCUCCAGAAGGAGGCUGAGCUGAAUCUUCGUCUUCGCACAUUACUCGACAAGAAAAGAUCUCUGCAGUCUCGCGCCACCCCCGCUUCCAAGCUCUCCUCAUCAUACCUCACCCUCGACGAAGGCUUUCGGCUGUUUGGUAAUGAUCUCGACAAAUUGCAGCAAUUCGUUGAAGUCAAUCAGACUGCGUUUUCCAAGAUUCUAAAGAAGUGGGACAAAACGUCAAAGUCUCGAACGAAAGAGCUAUAUCUCUCUCGUGCCGUCGACGUCCAGCCUUGCUUCAACCGAGACGUCAUCAGCGCGCUGUCCGAUCAAGCGACUACCGGAUUGCUGGAGUUGCAAGCAUGGACGGAAGGCGAAAAGAUCAACUAUACCCCGGCAGUGGAACUCGAGCAGAGAGCAGCUUCAGCCGGCCAAGAUGACGUGGAAGUCGAAACGCAAGUGCUGCAAGCGGUAAACACGGGCAAUGUUGGCCUGGUCAAAGACUGGAUCUCCCGAGCGGCAUCAUCGGAAGAGGCUCUCGAACGCUCGAGUCGCAUCUUCCUCAACACCGUCAACACCGCGCCUCCAAGCGUGCAGCAAUACCUGUACGACUCAAAACUCGUCAACUUCAACUAUGCCGAUCAGAUCAACGAGCGCAAUGCCAUCCACGAGGCUGCCAUAACCGGGAAGCUUGACGUGUUGAGAGCAGCUUUGGGAAGCGGGGCGGACAUCCGCCUCCCUGAUGUCUAUGGAAGAAUCCCUCUGCACUAUGCUUGUAUGCAUGGGCGAAUCGAUAUGAUCCAAGCACUUGUGGCAGCUGCGCCGGACACUGUCAACGCAAAGGACCUCGACAACUUCACGCCACUGAUCCAUGGAAUCGUGCACUCGCAUGCUGGCAGUGUGCAGACGAUGCUUGAACUGGGAGCGAUUGUCAAUCAAGCUGGGCCUGGAGACCAUAUCCCUCUGAAUCUCGCAUGUCAGUAUGGAUCGAAAGAGGUCGUCCAGCAGAUACUGCGCUACUCUCCGCAGAUCCUCCCAGACGCCGAAGGUCUCUUCCCACAACACAUCGUCGCUCGUUUUGGAGGCUCUCCUGAAGUUCUUCAAAUGCUAAAGGCAUUCAACGUCAAUAUGGACCAACAGGACAAGCUGUACCAAUGGACCCCACUCUUCCAUGCGGCGAGCGAAGGCCAUCAACUCUGCUUGGAGCAGCUGCUGCAAUUUCAUGCGGAUGCAGCUGUCAAAGAUGAAAAAGGUCUGUCCGCCAUGUACUACGCUGCAUGGGAAGGGCAUUUGGAUUGCAUGCAACGGCUGGCCGAAGAGAGAAUCAGCGACAAGAUGCAAGGCCAAUCUAUCGCGCCCAUGGCUCCUCCUCCCAUGAGUAGCACAAUGACGAUGGGUCAAUUGGAUCCCGAAGCCAUUCCCGACCUCAGUCUGCCACCUCCGAUCAUCCCUCUCCGACGCUACGGCCAUAACUUCCUCGACACCACCAAGACUUUUAUCUUGCUGGCCUUUGACGAGCUUGGUUCGGAUGCGAUUGAGUUCUACGGCGACAGCAAAUAUCCCGCGGCUCGACUCACCAUCUCCUCCAAAUCUUCCGACCUCAUCCCGCGAAACGUCCCGCUGCCGGUACAGGACGAUUUCAAGAACGUUUCGUUCCAGAUCGAAAACCUCGCCACUUUUAGCAUCGACUUCGACAUCUUCCCCACUUUCGGCAGCAAAGUCAUUGCGCGCGCCGCAGCCUCGAGUCGCGUCUUCACUGGCAAGGCUAGCAGCUCCGGCAAAUGGCAUCUCGAGCUCUUCGAUCCACGCCUGCGCGCCAUUGGCCGCAUCAACUUCCGCUUCCAGGUCGUCACACCCUUCCACGGCGUGCCUCUGGAAAUCACGCAUUUCGCCACGUACUGGAAAGCCACGAGCCAGGACGAUAGCCACCCGAGCAAUCUCAUUACCGGUAGCAGCUUGUCGGGAGAUUUUAUGCGGCUCUUUGUUCAAGUGACGAGAGAUGGCGUGCCAGUUCUCUUCAGCCAAUGGGCAUUACCGAGCAGCAAAAACGACCUCGUCAGCAGGCUCACAUACUCCGAAUUCGCCGCCGCAGGUCUAGACGUUGGCCGCGGGAAAGGCGUGGUGCAAGGUCUCGUCGGCUCGGGUAUCGACCGCUCCAACCUGGCAGCAGCACAGCGACAGAUUGCAUCUUCGUAUGCCUCUCUGGCCGAUGCUCUAGCCAUUCUCCCGCCGGACCUCAACUUGGAAAUCCACCUCUGCUACCCCACGCGGACCGAAGAGGCGGCGCUGAACCUCAGUCCGACGCUUAAUAUCAACACCGUGGUCGACGCUGUCUUGACGGUGGUAUUUGAACAUGCGCGCCGCUUACGCGAGACAAAGGAUGCGGCGCUGCGGAACUUCGUCUUUUCCAGUUAUAAUUCGAGCGUGUGCACGGCGUUGAACUGGAAGCAGCCGAACUACCCCGUCCUCCUCUGCAACGACCUCGGCGUCGCCCGCGACCCGCCAAACCGCGUCCAAUCCAACCACAUCGUCGCCAGUGCUGGGCGAACGGACAUGUCCAUCAAAGAAAGCGUGCGCAUUGCGCAGUCGAACAACUUCAUGGGCCUCGUGUGCUCGUCGCGCCUCCUCGAUCUCGUCCCCGCUUUGGUGCCGUCCAUCAAAGAAGCGGGUUUGGUGUUGAUUUCGGAUUACUCUUGCGAUGCUGGGGCUGGUGGUGUGAGAGGUGCGCAGAAGCCGCCCAGUGUGCUUGAUGUGGCGAGUGGGGUUGAUGGGCUGUUGUUUGGGAAUGCGGUUUUGCGGUUCAAGGAUGCUAUUGAGCAGUGAGGGAUAGAUGGUACUGGGAGGCGGUUGGCAUGCAUGGUAGGCUGGUCUUUUGAGAUGUGCAUUGGAAAGUCGAUAGAAGCAGCUAAUCUCGGUAUCGUGAAUUCAUGAAA